GCCGCUGACAGGCGGGGGCGCGCGGGGCGGACCGGCCGGCCGGCCUCUUCUCCCCCCCCCCUCCCGUCUCUGCGAGGCCUGCGCGGAGGGCGGCUGCCGGGAGAGCCGGGCUGCGGGGCGCUGCGCGGAGGGCGGCCUUGGGCUGGGCCGGGCCGGGCUGGACGGAGGGCGCCUGGCGCAGCUGUUUCUCCCCACCCCCACCUUUGGCUUGCAGAUGAAAACCAGCAGGGCAGUCGGGCAGGCCUUCGAUCUCUGAUGCUGCAGACCAUCCAAACAGCUCAGUCCUGGCCAUUCUGGCUGGCAGCAGCUCUACAGGGCUUGGGUAGAGAACAGCUGGUUCCCAAGUCCUUCUGGAAGUGGAGAUGCCACGGACGGGACUUCCACAUGCCAAGCAGGUGCCUGUGGCCUUUGAGGACGUGGCAGUCUACUUUUCGCCAGAGGAGUGGGCAGAGCUAGCAGAAUGGCAGAAGGAGCUUUACCAAGAUGUAAUGGUGGAGAAUUAUGAGCUGGUCUCCUCGCUGGAGUGCCUGCUCUCCAUUCCUGAGCUUCUCUACCGGUUGGCGCAAGGGGAGGCCCCGUGUGCUGCAGGUCCCCUGCUCUCUGCAGAGAAAAGCGGCUCCACAGCCCAUGGACCCCUGAAUCAGAAGCAGGGAGGAAGAGGGUCUGCUGUGCUUCCCGACACGCUGCAGUGUCCUGGGCCUGGCUCGGAGCCGUUGAGGGGGACCCCUCCUCACCAUUCCAGGACUGCAGGGGAGAAGAGGCACAAGGGGGCUGUUUCCCAGGCCAGGCGAAGGCAAGCGAGGGCAGGUCAGAGGGCCAGGGAUGCAGAAAGGACACCGAGAACUCGGAAGAGGGAGAAGCCCUACAAGUGCCCCAGGUGCCAGCGUCGCUUCCGGAGCCGCCUUGCCUGGACUGCCCACCGGCGCCUGCAUGUCCGAAAGUGGCCCAAGCUCUGCCCGCAAAGUAGCGGGCGUUCCUCCAGCACCUCAGACGUAGCUGUGCCUCAGGAAGGCCACCUGGGCACCAGUGCCAGCCACGUCCCUUGCAACCAGGGAGAAGGGACCCUGCCCUUCUGGCCUGAAAUGGCUCUGCACCAACAGGCCCCUGCAGCCCAUAGCUUCAACCCCUGGUCCCUCGGCUAUGGGCCCCAGCCUUUGCCGGGACACCAGGCUCCUGGGCUGCCUGGCAGCGGAGAAUUCAUUUGCGAUCAGUGUGGAUGGAGCUUCCAUGGGUGGGAGGAGCUGGUCACCCACCAGAUGGUUCACAUGGCAGCUGAAGGGAUAGCGGGCUCGGUGCCCAAAGCCGGAGCCCUGUCCCAGGCAUCCAGCGACCGGCCGUACGCCUGCACCCAGUGUGGGAAGACCUUCCGGCAUAAGCCCAAUCUCCUGGCCCACCGGCAAGUUCACACAGGGGAGCGGCGCUACCAAUGCCAAGAGUGUGGCAAGUCCUUUGGCAGCAAGGCCUACUUGGCCUCCCAUCAGCACAUCCAUACCGGGGAGAAGCCGUACGUCUGUGGCCAGUGUGGCAAGAGCUUCCGCCACAAGCCCAAUCUCCUUUCCCACCAGAAGAUCCAUACCCGGGAGCCUCUUCCACAGAGCCCCCUGCUGGACACCUUCAGUGGGGAGAAUUUCCAGGCCCAGCGCCCGAUGGUGGACUCUCUUGAGUUGGAGGCCUUUCAGCCCCCCCGCCCCCCGCUCGACCCCCCUGUGCCCUGCUCCCCAAGCAGCACCCUUGUACCUCUGCUGCCGAGCACUCUGCCUUCACCCCAGGCUCUGCUGGCACCCGACCGCCCCUUUGUCUGUCCAGUCUGUGCUAAGCAAUUCCGUUGCAAGCCCUACCUAGUGGCCCACAUUCGAAUCCACACGGGGGAGAAGCCAUAUGCCUGCAGCCGCUGUCCCAAGCGCUUUUCCCAGAAGUCCAACCUGGUUUCCCACGAGCGUCUCCACACGGGGGAGAAGCCGUAUGCCUGCCCACUGUGCCCCCGUGUCUUUAGCCAGGGCUCUAACAUGCGUGCUCACCAGCGCAGCCACAGGAAUAUUGGCACCAGCGAGGGGGAGGGGUGCCUUCGCCAGGGCUAUGCACCCCGCCAGCCACAGCAGCCAGACUAGAGCCCUCGUUCCUCAAUAGCAGCCCAUCCACCCCCCUGGUCUAUAGAGCACCAGCUCUUUCCCUCCCAAAGCCUGCAGCACCUCCAGCCAGGUUGGAUGUGCGCAGCCAGAGAUGCACAAAACUCCCCCUUUGAGAAAUUUCACACAGUCCUGUUAGAAUUCCUUCAGAUUCCUGCUCGUAUCCUGCCUGAGCAGGCUCUCUCUGCCCUGGGCACGAUUGCAGGUGAAGGGCGCCUGGUCGGUCUCGUGUGUAACCCAAGUGCGUUUAACCCUUGUUUGUGAUAUGUGGGUCUUGGCUACUCACAAGUUCAUAGAUCUGGUUCCUCGUGAACGAGACUUUCCUUCUUCCAGUUACGGCAUGAUAAAUAAAUGCUGAGGCGUUAAUCUUGGCCCCGGGGAUGGAAGUACGUACAGGAAAGGGGCCAAUGGCCGGUGUCUUCAGAAAGAGCCAAGCACAAAUGAGCCCGUGGAAAAGCAAAGAGCCAGCUGGGUCUCGGGCGCUGGAAAAAAAGAAUUAGCCUUUCACUGUUCUCCUCUAGGCAGACCCCCUCUGGCACUUCCCCAUCACAGGCAGAGGUGGGGGCAGGGCAGGUAGGUGCCAGGGGUGGAGAGAGAAGGGUUCAGUUUACAACUGCUUAUGAUAUGUUUCUAUAGUACUGAGUAAGCCUGUUGUUCCUGAACAAUUCUGCACCCAAGCAGCCCUGGAAUACGGGCUUUUGCAAAUGGCAGCGUUAAUGUUUUUUGUCUUCAUCGCUGGGGAGACAAUUCGGCAGAAAACACAAGAUGCCUCGACCUGUCGCUUCUUCUGACCUUCCACCCCAAGUUUGAUGUACCUGCACUGCUGCACGGAUGCAUGCAAAGGGGAUCUGCAGAGGGUUCAUUAGCAUAAUUUCUAACAAGGGCAGAAUUUGGAUUUGGGACGCUCCUGAUAUAACGAAAUUCUGCAAUCGAAAGUUCUACUGCUGUUUUCAGAUGUGCUGUUUUGAAUAUAAACAAGCUCCUCUUUUGCGCUCCCACUGAUCUGAUUCCUGUUGUAUACACUUUAAAGAAAUAAAGCAGUAGAUGCUA